UCAACUUCGGGGAGGGGGAGCCUGGCCACUUCUCGCGAUUUCCGGGCGUCCGCGAAGAUCGCUCCCCAGCCCACGGAGUCGCCGCGAGAGCGGGCCAGGAGAGGCGGGACCACGCGAUUCAUUGGCCGGGCCCGUGGGCAUGGCCCACCUUCUCUCAUCCCAUUGGCCCGUGGAAAUCCAGCCCUCCCGGAAGUCCUGGUCGGACCCUCAAUUGUCAACGUCACGCCAUGCUGGCUGCGCGCGCAGCGGCCGGCGCGGCGGUGGGCGGGGCCUGACGGAGGCGCCGAGCGCUCCGAGCCGCUUCCGGCUGCGCGCCCAGGGGAGCGGAGGAGUGGUGUGAGGGGACACUCCCGGGUGCCCACCCUGGACCCUCCGGCACUGCACAGCCCCCCGAGAUGGGGGCUCCGGUCGCCCCGGCCCCAAGGGGCACGCCCGGGUCUGUCCAGACGGGGCCGCGGGGCCUUCCGAUCCCCGCGGCCCUCGCCCCAGGCGGCCCAGGCGGGUGUCGGCAGCCGGGGCUCCCUGUGCCUGGACGUGGAGAGGCUGCGGGCGGAGAGGGACGCGCUGGAGCGGGAGAUCGCCGGGCUCCUGUCUGACGGCAUCUGCGUGGAGGAGCUGGACGAGCACAUCUCACGGCUCCACGAGUACAACGACCUCAAGGACGUGGGCCAGAUGCUGCUGGGUAAAUUAGCUGUGCUCCGAGGGGUCACCACCAAAGAGCUGUACGCGGAGUUUGACCUGGACUUAAACGACUGAGCCCACACUCGCCCCAGACGCCCGCCCCGGACCUGCACGCGUGAGCCGAGCAGGAGUUCCCAGCAGGGGCGGGUCAGCACCCCAUUCCGCACAACCCGAGAGGGGUCAGGAGGGAGCCCCCAGAGAGAAGGCCAGAGGAAGCGUCCCCCACGUCAGGUUCUCAAAUGUGCCGAGUUUCUGUGUCAGUACCGUUUUGUAAAUAAACACGUGACUCUCA